CUUCUAGCCGCUCGUUUAGUCGGUCUUGUUGCCAUCGCGUCUGUUCUCCAGGACACUUAACCAGCCCAAUGCCGAGCUUCCGGCCUCGAUUAGGAGCUGCGCCACACGUCCAGUCUGCAUGCACAGGCCAAUUUUGCCAAUGGGGUCGAUACGAUAGAUAGAGCGAGAUAGACGGAGACUGUAUGCGCCGCGACGGUUAAAGUCGAGGGAUAGCGCGGAGCUUGAUUUAUUUGUGCCGCGAGCGCCGUUCGGUUCGCAACUUAUGUGCUGUAGCCGCGGACGAGAAAGAAAAAUACACACGUCGCUCGUGUUCGUUCAACGUUGUUUGCUCUCGAGCGCAAACUUGAUACGUAGGUAGACGUAAACGCGAGAGCAGCUUCUAACAGCAAAAAAGGUGGGCGAGAUAGCGAGGAAGACUCGCUGACUGUUGCGUGAUCUUUCAAGAGAAAGGCUUUUUCAAAAACCUGUGCGAUUUCAUUAACCGGCACUUGUCGGACUCUGAGUGUAAGUGGACUGGGAGGAUGCUUUGCCUUGGUUUUUUUUUUAUUUUGCUUGGAGUGUAUUGCAAUCAUAUUGUAAGAGAAGAAUCUGUUUCAUCAUGAAAUGUCUGCAUUUAUUUUGGUAAAGAAGUGAUAACUGCAUCCGGUGAAGCAGUCUUUUAUUUCGACAGUCACGCAGAAUAACAGGCACUAAAUAAAGUGAAAUCAAAGUUUCUCUGGCAUUCUGGAAGGUUUUGUAGCCACCAAGAUGAAUAAGUCCAGUUUUAUCCAAGAGGAGAAUACUCCAGUUAAAAAGGCCCCUACAUUAGUCAGGCGUGUGUCCGACAUGUUCAAAGAUGGAACUUACAGUGGACCACCCUCUCUUUUCUCUCAAAAAAUUCGACAUUGUUGUCAGAAUUUGAACUUGCUGCCGUAUCUACUUUACUCUUUUGAGAACUCCAAAUCUCAUCCAAUAGCCAAGAAGGUUAACUUGUGCUUUAAUUUAAUAUUAAGAAACUUUGUGGAGCGACUUUUGUUUGUGUAUGCAAAUCUAAGGCGUGCAGCUUUGACUGGACUUCAACUCAAAUCAGUACCGUCUUCCAAACCAGAAACUCAGCAACAGAAAAGUACUGUUGUUAGUGAUACAAAAGCCAGAUUAACCAGCCUCCAGAAACGAAAGCCCAAGCAAAACUCUGUUCUUCUAAUCAUUGCAAUUUAUCUCGCGCCCCUUAUAUUAUCUUUUCAAUUAAUUGGACUAUGCAGUCUACUUAUAUUCGGCAAGUACACCCCUGGCUUCAUUUUUCUUGUAACGUCAUUAGUGUUUCUUGGGUACAUAUCGAUGAAAAUCAUGUUCCAUGAUACAGUAGCCGUCCAAAGGGAAAGGGAAGAGAAGAAACAAAAAACGAAACAAGAGUAAAUUCAUUAGGGCCUUAAGCAUUCAAUUUUAAAAUAUAUGUAUCCUCCUUAGUUGGCAGUGUUUGUAUUUUACAAGUUAUUUGAUCACUAGUACCAUUCUAAAGCAAUUUUUUUGACCGAUCUGCUCUGAACUUGAAAUCAAUUAUACAUUUUGAAACUCUGUUUUGCUUGGUAUAAAUGCAAUCACUUAAAUGGUUUAAUAGAUUUUGAGUUCUUGGCAAAUCCAGCAAUGUUAACUGUAAAAAUCUGAGUGAAUUGCAAAAAAAAAACAAAUGUAUUUCAAUAAUAGAGGAUCUUAGUUCUCAAGACUGUCUUAAAGUGUUUUGUAUCACUGACCACAUAAUCUUGACUUAUGUGAAUAAUUAUUAUUGUUGAACGUCAUCAAUAUGGCAAUGAUAAUUAUUUAAAUAAAGUAUGUAAAACAUUUCUUGACAUCAGUGAAACAGAAUACUUUAGAAUCCUAAGGAAGAGGAUGCGUUCAUUAUCUUUUUUCUUUAUACUUGCCAUGAGUUUCCGCAUUAGUUACUGUUUUUUUUUUUUGCUAUAAAAUAAUUCUCACUUGUUUUUGUAGCAUCUUCUUCCCAUUGGUUAAAGUUAAUUAUAAUUAGUUUUCGCGAUGUACUUCUGCGCCGAAUUUGAAUGACUCUGUUGUAUCCGUCGUAAUAAUUUUAUACCAUUUUGAAUGCAAAUUAGUUUAAUAAGUAGACUGCGUAUGGUGAUAACAGAUAUGAACGUGCGAAUAAAUGUAUAUACACAAACUUCAUACACAUAUAAUCGAACAUACAUUUCUUACGGAGAAAAGAAAGAAAAUAAAAAUGAAUCAUGAAGUUCAAAGGCUAACUUCGAAGCCGAUAAAGAACUUUCAUCGCAUUUAAAAAGCGUAAUAGUGAUGUUUCAUAAGCAAUCUCUUGAAGGCUAAAACCGCACGUAUUUCAGCGUUGACUGAUGAAAUUGAAGGAUAAUUAGCAUAAGAUACCUUAUCCUCUACAGUAUAAGACUGAAAAAAUCGUUUUAAUGUAGUUGUUUGUAAAUAUGAAGAAUGCGAAUGAAAAAAUAUAAUAAUGUAGAGCUAUUCCCUAAUUUGUUACGUUAUCAGUCUAACAUUUUUCUCACAUGCAUAAAUGCGGCUCGCCGUAAACGUAUCAUAGUUUAAAUCUGGAUGUGUUUUUUAAAUUAAAAUAUUUAAUUCGAAAUUAUUUUUUAAAAUACUUUUUAUUUAUUAUAUACAAAAAUAGAAUAUCUCUUUUCACAUGUUGCGCUGAAGUAGAUUUAAUACUUGCAAUAUUAAAUCUAUAGUAAUGUACACGAUCUCGGUGAAAAUAUCUUUGUGAAAUCUUGGAGUAUCCAGUUUUUUCACUAAAAUUUUGGGAAAUGCUUGCUAUGUUUAUUAACAUGAAAAUUUAACGGAAGAAGAGAUUAUCUCUAUAAAAAUAUUAUUUUAUUACAUUUUUUUUACAAAACUAGUUUAAAAAAUUUAUUUGUGGACAUAGAUCAAGUUUUAUUUGCAAUGCAAUACCCUUGACUUUGCAGAGCAACGAAUAUUGUCACCAGGCUAAAAUAGAAUUACAGAGAAAUCUAAACGGAAUUGUAGAUCCGUCUGAUAGCCACGUUUAAACAGUGGUCGUCACAUAUGCCAGUAGGCGUUGAUUGUGAGGAUCAAGCCGAGCAGACUGCCCAUCCAGACCAUGUUCCAUUGAUUGCCGGUAGACGAUCGAUUCGCAUAGGGGCCUAUCUUGGCUGCAUAGGCAACGACGUGGGCCACGAAAUUCUGCUCGUGCGUUGUGUGAAACAGAUGUGCGUACGGCCCUGGAGGAAAAGGGAUAAAUAGGAUUGACACAAGCGACCCCGUCUUUCUUAGAGUUCUAUGAAAUCCAUAGAUAUAGUAAUUGUAAGCGUUUCUUAGUCCAGUAAGUCAUACUCGCGUUAAAUAUCGUAAUGCCUUUGUAAUAUACGCAAAAAAUAUCAAAAUGAACAAAAUAUAUCGUAUGAUUGAAAAAA